UCAAGGCAGCCAAUCUGUAAUAUUAUCACGUCUAAAUCUUUAUCAUACGUGUUUGUGAAACAAAAUAUGUUAACUUAACGCUUUCAGUAAAAAGAUGCCUAUUCAUUCACGAUGAUAUAACGUUAAUGGUAAAACCAGCUAGUUUAGCUAACGCUAGUUUCUACAAAUGCUCUGUCAUGCAGUCCUCUUGUUAGUCGGUAAGGUAAUUUUGGAGAAAUAAUCCAGGCGUUUGUGUCAUUUCUAAUCCAAUUGGUGGAUUUAUUUAACAUAUAGUAUCGGUUGUUUAGUUGGGUUAGGGAGUUAAAGUUAACGUUGCUGUUUAAUCAGUGGUAACGUUGCUACCUAUUAGAUGAGUCAAAGCAAACCAAUUAAUGUCACCCGGAGCUAGCUUGCUAGGUUCUUAGCUAACAGCUAGCUUUGUAGCCUGUCAACAAUAGUGUCUCAAUUAAUGUCGGCGCAUAGCGGACGACAUUACUGGCAUGAUUAGCUCAAGGCCCCAGACGGGCCUCUCCUUCCUGGCCCCAGAACCAGAAGACCUGGAAGACCUCUACAGCAGAUACAAGAAAUUGCAGCAAGAGUUGGAGUUUCUGGAGGUGCAGGAAGAAUACAUUAAAGAUGAACAGAAGAACCUUAAGAAGGAGUUUCUUCAUGCCCAAGAGGAGGUGAAAAGGAUCCAGAGCAUCCCCCUUGUCAUUGGACAGUUCCUUGAGGCUGUGGACCAGAACACUGCUAUUGUGGGUUCCACUACAGGCUCCAACUACUAUGUGCGUAUCCUCAGCACCAUAGACCGUGAGCUGCUGAAGCCCAAUGCCUCAGUGGCACUUCACAAGCACAGCAAUGCCCUUGUGGACGUGCUGCCCCCUGAGGCAGACAGCAGCAUCAUGAUGCUCACUUCUGACCAGAAACCUGAUGUGAUGUAUGCAGACAUUGGAGGCAUGGACAUCCAGAAGCAAGAAGUGAGGGAGGCAGUGGAGCUGCCCCUAACACAUUUUGAACUCUACAAACAGAUUGGUAUUGAUCCUCCCAGAGGAGUGCUGAUGUAUGGUCCCCCUGGCUGUGGGAAGACUAUGCUUGCCAAGGCUGUGGCUCACCACACUACAGCGGCGUUCAUCCGUGUGGUGGGCUCAGAGUUUGUCCAGAAGUACCUGGGGGAGGGUCCUCGCAUGGUGCGUGAUGUCUUCCGACUGGCCAAAGAGAACGCCCCCGCCAUUAUUUUCAUUGACGAGAUCGACGCCAUUGCCACUAAGCGCUUUGAUGCUCAGACUGGCGCUGACAGGGAGGUGCAGCGUAUUCUGCUGGAGCUGCUUAAUCAGAUGGACGGUUUUGACCAGAACGUCAAUGUGAAGGUCAUCAUGGCCACUAACAGAGCAGACACUCUGGAUCCUGCCCUGCUGCGUCCAGGUCGUCUGGACAGGAAGAUCGAGUUUCCCCUCCCAGACAGGCGUCAGAAGCGUCUGAUCUUCUCCACCAUCACAAGCAAGAUGAACCUCUCUGAGGAGGUGGAUCUGGAGGACUAUGUGGCUCGACCAGACAAGAUCUCCGGUGCAGAUAUCAAUUCCAUCACCCAGGAGGCUGGCAUGCUAGCCGUACGUGAGAACAGAUACAUUGUCCUGGCCAAGGACUUUGAGAAAGCGUACAAAACGGUCAUCAAGAAGGAUGAGCAGGAGCACGAGUUUUACAAGUAGUGAUGCUACCCUACCGUUGCAUAUUGGAUCGACACUUUUUGAGUUUCUUUUUUCUUUUAUUUUUGUGCAUACACAUAUAGUGUGGAUUUUACUGACUCAAAGCUGUUUAUGACCUCUCAUUGUAGGAAUUGAACUUCUCAAGGUUUACUUCUGGCAUUGGGUCUGUUAUUUCAACUUUGAAUACAAAGAGAGGCCUGCCCUCUCUCGCUCUCAAACAAACACACACACUCUCGCUCGCUCACACACACACACACACACACAGACACACACACACACUACGGAAUCUUAUGUGUCAAGCUGAAUGGCCAGAGAGUCAGUACAUUUAUGUCCUGCAAUGAUAUAACUGUACAACUAUGUCAAUUAAAAAGACGUUUUCCAUAAAA